GAACUGUUUGGUUGUUUUGGUUCACUCGAGGUGUAUUAACCUUUUAUUGAUUCUGUCCUGUGGCCUGUGGUGCUGUGUCUUUGUACGCUGUUUGCCGCAAGGAUAUUUGAAUAUAAUUAGUCCAGUUUCGAUUGUUGAAUUUGACGGAGGUUGCUCGAAGCGGUUAGCAGAACUUACUGUGAAUCAGCCUGAAUCGGCUACAAUUAUUGAAAAGUUGCAUCACGUUGCAUACUAACACAGACGGAACGGUGAGUUUGUUGCGCUACAUGCAUCCGUUUCGUUGCGUGAGAUCUGCGAUCAAGGUGUUCAGGCGCGUCGCGUUGAAUCAUUCGAGAUAGGCUGCGCAACCAUCAUCAGUCCGGUAGUGCUUCGGAAGGUACGCGUGCAUUCGAACGGAGGAACUCUCUUUGGCUUUGGCCGCGCGGAUCACUCUCAACAACAGGUCACACCUUCUGUUUCUGUGUGGUGUGGUGAGUCGCUCACGCCCGCUCGCUCGCUAAGCUCCAAACUGGUCGCUUAAGCGCGCGACCGCUAGUUAACGUUCGUGCGCGAGAAGGAAUAGUUGCGGUGGUGUUUGCUGCGUACGUCGAAUCAAACCUCGAAACACGGUCAAACGUCACUGUGGGUGGCAUGCGGAAUCAACAAGUGUCCAGUUGCCUUUAGUAUAUAGCCUAAAGCUCUAUUUUUAUCUCACCAGAUCAGUGGGUGUUGGCCCGUUUAGUUUUUCUUGUUUUUUCGAGAAGCCUUCGGUCCCGGCGCAAGUUAGAUAUUAACUAAGCCAAACAACCAGCGAAUCCAGUGCAAAAAAGUGGUCCCUUCAACUCGCAAAGUGAUUCAGAACGUGUUGCUUUCUCUCCUUUUUCAAAAGUCUGUAGAAAGCCGCUUGGGGGAGCAACAACAGGCGUGCUAAAGCAUAUUUACUUAGGUUUGCGAAGUGCUUGAAAAAACCGGUGAAGCUUUGUGAAAGUGAAUGUGUCGCGUUGUGAGUGUUAGCGGAAUCGUUUGAAAAAAAAAAUAAAAGUUGAGAGUCAAUAUUUUGCCGAAAAAUAAAUCCUCAACUGGUUCUUCCGCAAAUCGCGAGAGAGGAGGAAAAAAAAUCAAGACGAAACGUGUGAGCUGGUUUAUCAUCGGUUUUUACCACACCUCAGCGAACCUGUCGGCCAACCUUUGAACCGACUCCCGCUCCACUUUUUUUUCUCGUGUUCAAUCCCGGUGUAGCAACUGGGCUGGAUCAGAAAGAGUAACCCCCCCGGCCCGUGAAAGGAAAGGGGAAUAACGCGCGGAAUACGCAAGUCGAGAGCCGUGUCUUCAGAGCAGAAAGGAAAAAAAAACUCAACAAAAUGGUAGACAAGCAGCAAUUUUUCCUGCCAUGUUUCGUGGUUUGCGCUUUUUUCUCAGCCGUCAUCACUGCACAAGGUAUCCAGGUUGAUACGGAUCCUCGAAGUAUUAUUGUCACUGAAAACCAGCGGAAUGUCAGUCUUCUGUGUAGAGUCGGAAGGCCAGUUGAAUUUUGCACAUUCAUACUUCCCAAUAGAGCAAACCAAAUUGUUCUGCGGCCAGGCGACCCACCAAGAGACGGUCUGCAGUACUUCGGUGGUGGAUUCGAGCGAGGAGCAUGUGGUAUCACGAUAGAUCGGAUCGUAGCCUCCCAUAAUGGACCUUUCAAGUGUUCCCUUUUCGUCGAUGGAAGCAGUGCUGAUGGACAGAUCGAUGUAGUCGUGGCAGUUGCCCCUCAACUUCCGUCCAUCGAGACCCUAAACGAUGCCAACAAUCUUCAAGUAGAUGCCCAACUUGUUGCCAGGUGUGUUACUCGAGGUGGUAAUCCAGGUGCCACAUUGACCUGGUUUUUGGAUGAUGAGCCCAUCUACCAGGGCGUGAGCACUCAACAGGAAGUCCAGGAAGAAGGUUACGACACCCCGUCCCAGAUUCUGGAACUGAGUCGAUUCAUCCACGCCGAUGACAGUGGACGUAAUUUGGUUUGCGAAGCCAAACAUCAAGCUUACCCAGAUGGAGUCUCUCGAACCCGUCUACCAAUCAAUGUCAACUUUCCACCUCAGUACCUGCCAGAAACGACCGUCCACGGGCUGACACUGGGCCGCACCGUUGAAGUGACCGUAAUGAUCCGAGCCAAACCUGCCCCCUCGGUGAUGUGGACCGUUGAUGGACUAACCAUUGAACAGGGACACCAGAUCGAUCGGUACGAAGCGCCGAUUCCGGUUCCAUUGGGAAACGGUGCCUACAACGUGACGCUGAUCAUUGCCAAUCUGCAGCUGGAAGACCUUUCGAGAACCUACCGCCUGAAGGCCUUCAACCAGGUCGGCGAUCAGGACUAUACCAUUCUGUUGAGCUCUCUGGAAGCGGAAGUGGACGAAUCGAGCGGUGUGGGAAUCGGUGGCAUCAUCGGGAUCGUUCUGGCCGCCCUAAUUGUGCUGGCAGCCGUUGCGCUGAUAAUCGUUGCCCGCGCCACCGGCAGAUGGUGCUUCCGAGGCGCCUCGCUCAACACCGACGUUGGUCCGGAUUCGGAGGCUCAAAUUACUCCCGGCUCGCACGACGACCUGCACGAUGAAAAACUGCAGCAACAGAACCCGGCUGCCCACUACGAACAGGAUGACAAAACCCAACUGCCCAACAAUCCGGCUGGAGAACAAACCGAAGCGACGAAACAGCAGCCGCAGAAGAAUGGAAAACACGAAAAUGGGAAACAAGCGGGCGGCGAAAAGCAGAAGAACGGAAAGGCCGAUAGCAAAACCAAUACACCGGUGUAAAUUGGUUCAUUGAACAAUAAGAUGGAAGAUUCUGGCUUAAUUGAAAAUUUUUAAGAUCUGAGAACAAGAUAGGAGGAAUUAUUUUCAUUUUUUUUUUAAAUUUCACAAUUUUUGACUCGAUUGUUGAAAACCUAUUGAAUUGGAAAAAUUAAAUUUCAUAUAGAAUUUGUUUUAACUAUUUCGUUUAAAAGCAAAUUUUUGAACCACUUUGACCACAUAUUGAGGUUAUGUUAAACAAUAGGUUGAUUUUCCUAUUCUGAAACUUCACUCAAACGUUAUAACGUUAUGUGAAUCUUCUAUAGAAACAUUGAAUUUUUUAUAAUUUUUAUUCAGAGAUCGCUGUCAAAAAAUCGCUUUCGAGGAUUUAGUUUUUUUUCCAAAUAAUGAAGUUCUUAAACCAUUAAUAAACUAGAAGAGAAAGAUGUAUAACAAAGAAGAAGUGUACUUAAAAAGUUAUUAUGAUCAAGCAUUUGUUUGAAAUUUAAUCUCAAUCAUUCCCAACCUUUAAACCAUGAAAAACAAAAUCUAUUUAACGAGGUUUUUCGAUUUUAUCCAGCCCUCGGAAUAACAUUUUAAAAGAUUGUUACUAAAUUAUAAUAAGUUAGGUCAAAAAAACUGUUCAUCACUUGGUGAACGAUCGUAUUUAAAACUCAAUUUCCUUACAGCUAAAUUACUGUCUCGUGUAUAGGCUUAAGAUUUAAAAGUUAUAAUGCUAAAUGUAACAACUCGAAAAGGAAACUUAUUUAAUAAAAAAAAAAGGUAGACAAUCUGCACAAAGUGUCCAUAUUCAGGAGAGGAAACGCCCAAACAGUCCGGCGUUAUCGUUAUUCUUAGUUUUAGUUUACAAAUCACGAGUUCAGCUAGCGAACAGAGAAGAUUUUGUAGUCAGAAAUGGAUUAGUACUUAUAUUUUUAGAACACACAUCUCGUUAGCAAGUAAGUCGUAGCGCUACCGUUGAAGGUAAACAUUGGCAAAUUCCGAUCAUAAAGUUAGAUUAACUGCUUUCGUUUAACACAAACGACAAACGAAAAAAAAAUUUAAGAAAUUUUAGCCAACGAUCAAACAUUGUUAGGCGAACAUUUAGGAAACAAGACGAUCGGCAAAAACAAAUCAAACAACGAGUUCGAAUUAAUCAGAAAUAAAAAAAAUAUCAAUCUUCUAUAGUUUCAAUUUUUAAAUUUAGGUUUUAUGGCAGGAGAGAUAGGAUAAGUUAAGACAAACGAAAAACUUAUGUGAUUUAAGUUUUUGUUCAAAUAGUAGUACUCGUCGAAUCCGAUGCACACAUGCACUACUUAAACUUACAUUCUCGAUAAAAUAAAAACAAACAAACAAUCAAUUGCGUCCAAAACGAUAUGACAUUUAGAUUUUUUAUAACGUUUACAAUCAGCGUACGUAAAUAAGCAGUUCAUAAAUCGAAUUCAACGGAAGAUCUGAAAUGGAAGUGUUUUUCUUCUCUAUCCCAAACUAAUGUAACAUUGUUCCAUACGUAUAAGUAACUUUUUUUUAUAUACAUAAAUUUUCCACUUUUUCUUAUACCACUCAAACGACCGAUGAAUUUGUACAUAAAUAAAGCAGAUUUUGAAUAAAUAAUAAAAACAAUAA